UCCCUCCCAACACACACGCACACAUAAAUGCAUGCAAAAGAGGAAGUGUUUACAAUUGCCACAGUUCUGAGAUAAAUGAACAGAUUAUAUGAUUGCUGGGGGAAAAUGGACUGAUAGAGUCCCAGUGGAGGCUUAAAGUAAAAGAAAAAGAAAGAGGGAAAUCCCUUUCUCCUCCCUUUCCAGGCACUGAGGCGCGAGGGCGAUGACGUCAUCUGGCUUGAUGGUUUGGCUGUGGUGAAGAAGACAGAUGAGUUGUGAGAUAAAAGUGUGCUGGCCUGCUGUAGACGGAUGAAGGUUCACAUGGUAGUGUUAACCUUUUGAAAUCUCAGGAGAGCCUACUCCACAGAGCUGUCUUGGUAUCCCACUUCUGCCAAGAUGAUGCCUAUGCGGACUCUGUUAAUCACAGCGCUUCCUCUGCUGGUGCUGAGUUCUGAGGUUCAGCAAUGCGCUUUGCAGAGCACAACUUCCCACGGACUUCCAAUGCUGGACUCCCUACAGUGCUAUAAUGAUUACACUUCCCACAUGCGCUGCACUUGGGAAGAGGACCCACAUACACAUUUGAAGUUGUUGAUAACAAAAGAACAAUUUGAAGGUGAAUGUGUUUCUGAUGGACUUGGUGAGCUGUUGUCCAAUGGGAAGCGCUCUCGUAGCUGUGUCUAUAAAACUACGCUAUUUUACAGGGGAAAGUUCACCAUAUGCUCGACCACAUCCUGUCCAUCUAAAGCAGCAACUCUUAACAUAGCUCAGCACGGCAAAGUGCUAAGCCCGGUAAAUGUAAAGGUAAAAAAAGUUGAUGGUGGGCGAAUGCUGAGCUGGAGCAGCCCGUACCCUUCCUCAAAGUCACUCACCUACCAGGUCAAAUACAGAAGGCAUGGACAUGACUGGACCGUGGUAAGUGAUAUAAAAACCACUCAAUGGGUGAUUAAGGAGCUGGAGCUGCCAGCUUAUGAGUACGAGGCCAGAGUGCGAGCGCGGGGUCAAGUGGGCCUGUGGAGCAACUGGAGCUCCUCAGUGUCCUGGAUCACUGAGGAAGAAGGUGUUUUCAACCUGCAGUGUGUAAUAGAGAUAAGAGGUGUGUCUUGUAGCUGGCAGGUAAAAAGAGAGCAAGCCCAGUUCCUCUCAUUUUACCUGUGCUCACACACUAAUGGAUCCAGUCUGGGGUGUCAACAUUGUGUUAAGUACAUCGACCAGCCAGGUCAUGCUGUGCUGGAUUUCAUGUGUCUGGUAUUAAAUCCUGAGCCUGAGAUGCUGACCAUGGAGCUUAAAAGUGUGCGCAACAGCAAGGAUUUUGCAAACCCCUUGAACAUUCAGCCUCCGCGUCUAAAGCGUGUCCAGGUGAGCAAGAAGGAUGGCUUUUGGAAGCUGACCUGGUCCAGACCCGAUGUCAGUGAACAGCUCAGUCUCUCCUAUCAACUACAGCUCUAUAACAACGACACAGGGGAUUUGACACUUUUCAAUCUCACUGAAGGUGAUUUCUGUUUAAGCUUGACCCCCUCCACCCUGAGGCCCACUAAUACAUACAUGGCUCAGGUCAGAGCACUGCCAUCAAAUGACUUUAGUGGGCUACCAUCUAACUGGUCUGAGCCUGAAUACUUCACAAGCGAUCCAGCUUCCUCCGUUCCGGCCAUUAUUUACACCAUGACUGCUGUGUUGGUGGCCGUGUUUUUUCUCGUCCUGUACAAGGCUCUUCCAUCCUGCCACAGGAAAUUAGAGCUAUGGAAGGUGUCCAUUCCCUCUCCCCUUAAGAGCAGAGUCCUGAAGGAAAUGAGCAUUAAGAGUUCUCCUGCUGUCUGGGGCAAUCACUACAGUGAGAAGGAGAAAACGUCUGUGUGUAUCAUGCAACCCUCAGAUAAUCCAAUCAUCUACAAGGGCAGUAUUUCAGAGUACCCACUUUUGCCAUAUAUUGACGACCUGACCAAAUCAGCUUGUACGCACGGACUGGACCACUCAUCCUCCUAUAUAGAGGGAAGUGGAAUGUCAGUCAAGUCUACCAUGAGCUUCACUGGACCUUACAUUCUGUGCCAGCAAGACUCCUCAUCACAAAGUGAAACGUUGGACACGUCCUUCUACUCUAACUCAACUUUCAAAAAAGACAGUAGAUCCAUUAUCAAUGAGAAUGCCACUGACUCUCUCGCAGCAAAUGGAGGAUACGUUUCAUCCCCUCCCACCUCUCUGCCUUCCACAGAACACUCCGCCUCUUCGGAUAAUACAGCCACUGGGGGCACAAACCCUGACCUGUUACAGCUUCCAAAGGACGAUCCUCCUGCAUACACGCCCAACCCCACUGCAAAGCCUGGGGUACUCUUUUCUAACCCAUCAGACUACUGUUUGAUGCCCAAUAUGGAGAUAGAUGUUGCAGCCUGGGUGCAAGCCUCUGCUUCACCACCAGGGGGCAAUAUAGACAGGCAGUCAAUUGUUGCAGGAGAUGGAGACCAAAGUGCGCGUGGCUAUGUGACUCUCUCUCAGCCUGCAAUUUAAUGGUGUGUAUUUGAGACAAUUAUCAUUGACUUAUUGAGAGUUGAAAAUAGUUACGUCACCUAGUCAUAACUAUGGGCAGUUUGCAUUUGGCAGCUGAUAAAUGUAUCACAUAAACAAUGCAUAUAGACAGGGAGAUGAAGCAAUGACAUUGUAUUCUGCAAAAAAGACAUUUGCAAACCACGGAAGAUGUGGAAGCCAGGCAGGAACACUGCUGUUUGAUGUUCAAACUCUUUGUUAUGAGGUCCACAACGCAUACUUGAGGAUGGGUUAUUUGAGGUGGAUUUUUUCCCGCCACUAGCUGGACAAUGCUGAAGUAAAUGCAGCAGUUAAUGUUACUGCUAGGACACUGAAUAUCAAGUAUUUAACUUGAUACCUCUACAUCAGUGCCUGUGCUAGCAGCUAGGAACACCAUGGGUCUCCAUUGAUGGGUCUCUUAUGACUCGUAUUUCUGACUUUGGGGUAAAAUCAGAAGUUCACAAGCACCAUUCAGACGUAAUUUUCUUUCCUAAAUGUGAUCUGAUCUUUUCUGAGUUUCUGAAUUAUAUUGUAUUGUAUUUUUAUAUUUUUGAAAGUUUCAUCGAGCAGCUUUUGCAUUGCCAUAUCUGAAAGGGGCAAUAACGAACAUUUGGGCAGAUUGCCAAUCAAUGAGAAACUCAACCAGCAGCCUUUUUUAUCUCUGCAUAUAAAUUAAUAUAAAGUCACUAUAGUAGACUCUUCAACAGCACGCUAAGCUUGGACUAUGCAGUGUGGCAGUCUGACCAACUGAUAGCAGUGCUGUUGGCGCACACAUUGAGUAAUCCUUGUACCUCUCUCCUCCUUUGCAUUACAUAUCACACAAAGUUGUGUGAUUACUAAAAUUUAUACAUGCACUAUAGCUAAUUCCUGCAACAAUGAAUGUAUCUGUCUAUCUGUAUGAAUUGUUCCUUUCAUGAGGAUCACACAGUCAGACUGAAUGUAAACAGGGUACUUAGUGGAACCUAUGUUUUAGUUGUUUUUAUGCCUGCACUUGCCUGAGAUGCGAUUUUAAAUAUUAAAAAAGUUUGUUGAGGCUAGUGUAAAGUGGGUUUAAAGUUAUGAUUUUCCUGA